CGACUGGGAACAAGUCCCUAAGUUGGCGUGGAGGCGCCCCUGUCUUCCUCCUCCUCUUUUUCCCAGGCGACCGCAGCAGAAGCACGCCCUGGGAGCCCGGUUUUCCCAGUGCUGUGAACCAGGGUGAUCAGGCGCUCUCGGGACUCCCGCCGCGAAGUGGGGAGCUGAACGCCUGGCCCGGAGCUGGCCCCGCAGCAAAGGGCCCGGAGGGAGCUGUCUCCCCCCUCCCGCAUCUCUUUCGGCCGCGGACCGCGGGGAUCCCCGGUUACAAGCGCGCGCGCGCUCCCACACUCGCUCUCACACACACUCGUCCUCACACACACCAGCCGGAGCCUGGGCUGCAGAGAGGUCUCUCGGGCGCGCUCAGAGGACUGGGAAGCUGCUGUCGGGAGUGGGGCAGGAAACCGAGCUCUGGCUCUCUGAGGGAGGCGCCCAGGGCUUAAACCGGAGCAUGGGGCCGGAUGAGCACUGAUAGUCGCGACUGCAGCCAUCAGCCCUGGAGAUGACCAGGAGCGGCCACUGCUGAGAACUAUGUGGAGAGAGGCUGCGAGCCCUGCUGCAGAGCCUCCGGCUGGGAUAGCCGCAAGCGCGCGGGGGCCGCAGCAUGCGGAAACCCGCUAAACCCGGUGGCUGCUGAGGCGGCCGAGAUGCUCGUGCGCGCAGCGCGCCCCACUGCAUCCUCGACCUUCUCGGGCUACAGGGACCUUAAGUGGCGACUAUGGGCAGACUGGGCUAUUGGACCCUGCUGGUGCUGCCGGCACUUCUGGUCUGGCGCCAUCCGGCGCAGGGUGCGGCGGCGGAGAAGGGUACCCCGGCGCUGAACAUCGCGGUGCUGCUGGGUCACAGCCACGACGUGACGGAACGUGAACUGCGAAACCUGUGGGGCCCAGAGCAGGCGACUGGGCUGCCCCUGGACGUGAACGUGGUAGCACUGCUGAUGAACCGCACGGACCCCAAGAGCCUCAUCACACAUGUGUGCGACCUCAUGUCCGGGGCGCGCAUCCACGGCCUGGUGUUUGGGGACGACACCGACCAGGAGGCCGUGGCCCAGAUGCUGGAUUUUAUCUCCUCACAGACCUUCAUCCCCAUCCUGGGCAUCCACGGGGGCGCAUCUAUGAUCAUGGCUGAUAAGGAUCCGACGUCUACCUUCUUCCAGUUUGGAGCGUCCAUCCAGCAACAAGCCGUGGUCAUGAUGAAGAUCAUGCAGGAUUACGACUGGCAUGUCUUCUCCCUGGUGACCACCAUCUACCCCGGCUACAGGGACUUCAUCAGCUUCAUCAAGACCACAGUGGACAACAGCUUCGUGGGCUGGGACAUGCAGAACGUGAUCACCCUGGACACCUCCUUUGACGAUGCCAAGACGCAAGUCCAGCUAAAGAAGAUCCACUCUUCUGUCAUCUUGCUCUACUGCUCCAAAGAUGAGGCUGUCCUCAUUCUGAGCGAGGCCCGCUCCCUGGGCCUCACCGGGUAUGAUUUCUUCUGGAUUGUCCCCAGCUUGGUCUCUGGGAACACAGAACUCAUCCCCAAAGAGUUUCCAUCGGGACUCAUUUCAGUCUCCUAUGAUGACUGGGACUACAGCCUGCAGGCGAGAGUAAGGGAUGGCCUGGGCAUCCUGACCACUGCCGCGUCUUCCAUGUUGGACAGUUUUUCCUACAUCCCAGAGGCCAAGGCCAGCUGCUACGGGCAGACGGAGAAACCGGACGCCCCGCCGCACACCCUGCACCAAUUUAUGGUCAAUGUGACAUGGGAUGGCAAAGACCUGUCCUUCACUGAGGAGGGCUACCAGGUGCACCCCAGGCUGGUGGUGAUUGUGCUGAACAAGGACCGAGAGUGGGAAAAGGUGGGCAAGUGGGAGAACCAGACCCUGAGCCUGAGGCACGCCGUGUGGCCGAGGUACAAGUCCUUUUCGGACUGUGAGCCGGACGACAACCACCUGAGCAUUGUCACCCUCGAGGAGGCCCCCUUUGUCAUCGUGGAAGACAUAGACCCGCUCACCGAGUCGUGUGUGAGGAACACUGUACCCUGUCGGAAGUUCGUCAAAAUCAAUAAUUCCACCAAUGAGGGAGUGAAUGUGAAAAAAUGCUGCAAGGGGUUCUGCAUUGACAUCCUAAAGAAGCUUUCCAGAACUGUGAAGUUUACCUAUGACCUCUACCUGGUGACGAAUGGGAAGCAUGGCAAAAAAGUGAACAACGUGUGGAAUGGAAUGAUCGGGGAAGUGGUCAAUCAGCGGGCGGUCAUGGCAGUCGGCUCACUCACCAUCAAUGAGGAGCGUUCGGAAGUGGUGGACUUCUCUGUGCCCUUUGUGGAGACGGGAAUCAGUGUCAUGGUUUCAAGAAGCAACGGCACCGUGUCGCCUUCUGCUUUUCUAGAACCAUUCAGCGCCUCCGUCUGGGUGAUGAUGUUUGUGAUGCUGCUCAUCGUGUCCGCCAUCGCUGUUUUUGUCUUUGAAUACUUCAGUCCUGUUGGAUACAACAGAAACUUAGCCAAAGGGAAAGCACCCCACGGGCCUUCUUUUACGAUUGGAAAAGCUAUAUGGCUCCUUUGGGGCCUGGUGUUCAACAACUCCGUGCCUGUCCAGAAUCCUAAAGGCACCACCAGCAAGAUCAUGGUGUCCGUGUGGGCCUUCUUUGCCGUCAUAUUUCUGGCCAGCUACACGGCCAAUCUGGCUGCCUUCAUGAUCCAGGAGGAAUUUGUGGACCAAGUGACGGGCCUCAGUGACAAAAAGUUUCAGAGACCUCACGACUAUUCCCCACCUUUUCGAUUUGGCACGGUGCCCAAUGGCAGUACGGAAAGAAACAUUCGGAAUAACUACCCCUACAUGCAUCAGUACAUGACCAAAUUUAAUCAGAAGGGAGUGGAGGAUGCCUUGGUCAGCUUGAAAACAGGGAAACUGGAUGCUUUCAUCUACGAUGCGGCGGUCUUGAAUUACAAGGCUGGGCGGGAUGAAGGCUGCAAGCUGGUGACCAUCGGGAGUGGGUACAUCUUUGCUACCACUGGUUAUGGAAUUGCCCUCCAGAAGGGCUCACCUUGGAAGAGGCAGAUAGACCUGGCCCUGCUCCAGUUUGUGGGUGAUGGUGAGAUGGAGGAGCUGGAGACGCUGUGGCUCACAGGGAUCUGCCACCACGAGAAGAACGAGGUGAUGAGCAGUCAGCUGGACAUCGACAACAUGGCAGGCGUGUUCUACAUGCUGGCGGCCGCCAUGGCCCUCAGCCUCAUCACCUUCAUCUGGGAGCACCUCUUCUACUGGAAGCUGCGCUUCUGUUUCACGGGCAUUUGCUCUGACCGGCCGGGGCUGCUCUUCUCCAUCAGCAGGGGCAUUUACAGCUGCAUUCACGGGGUGCACAUUGAAGAAAAAAAGAAGUCUCCAGACUUCAACCUGACCGGCUCACAGAGCAACAUGUUAAAAUUCCUUCGGUCAGCCAAAAACAUGUCCAACAUGAACUCCUCAAGAAUGGAUUCUCCCAAAAGAGCUGCCGACCUUAUCCAAAGAGGUUCCCUGAUCAUGGACAUGGUUUCAGACAAGGGAAACUUGAUAUAUUCAGACAACAGGUCCUUUCAGGGGAAAGACAGCAUUUUUGGGGACAAUAUGAAUGAACUCCAAACAUUUGUGGCCAACAGGCACAAGGACAACCUCAAUAACUAUGUGUUCCAGGGCCAGCACCCUCUGACUCUCAACGAAUCUAACCCUAACACGGUGGAGGUGGCCGUGAGCACAGAAUCCAAAGGGAACUCCAGGCCCCGGCAGCUUUGGAAGAAAUCCAUGGACUCUCUGCGCCAAGAUUCAAUGACCCAGAACCCAGUCUCCCAGAGGGAGGAGGGAACAUUGGAGAAUAGGACCCACUCCCUAAAGAGUCCCAGGUACCUUCCAGAAGAGGUGGCCCACUCAGACAUUUCAGAGACUUCUAGUCGGGCCACGUGCCACAGGGAACCUGACAACAAUAAGAGCCACAAGACCAAGGACAACUUCAAAAGGUCAAUGGCCUCCAAGUAUCCCAAGGACUGCAGCGAGGUCGAGCGCUCAUACUUGAAAACCAAAGCGAGCUCCCCCAGGGACAAGAUCUACACCAUUGAUGGUGAGAAGGAACCCAGUUUCCACCUAGAUCCCCCCCAGUUUGUUGAAAACAUGGCCCUCCCCGAGAACAUGGACUUCCCAGAUGCCUACCAGGACCACAGUGAGAACUUUCGCAAGGGGGACUCCACGCUGCCCAUGAACAGGAACCCUCUGCACAAUGAAGAUGGGCUUCCCAACAAUGACCAGUAUAAGCUCUACUCCAAGCACUUCACCUUGAAGGACAAGAGUUCCCCUCUCAGCGAGGGCAGUGACCGCUACAGGCAGAACUCCACACACUGCAGGAGCUGCCUUUCCAACCUGCCCACCUAUUCAGGCCAUUUCACCAUGAGGUCGCCAUUCAAGUGUGAUGCCUGCCUACGGAUGGGGAACCUCUACGACAUUGAUGAAGACCAGAUGCUUCAGGAGACAGCGAAUCCAGCUACCCAGGAGGAGGUCUACCAGCAGGACUGGGCACAGAACAACGCCCUCCAGUUCCAAAAGAACAAGCUAAGGAUUAGCCGUCAGCAUUCCUAUGAUAACAUCCUCGACAAGCCUAGGGAGAUAGACCUUAGCAGGCCCUCUCGGAGCAUAAGCCUCAAGGACAGGGAACGGCUUCUGGAGGGAAAUUUGUACGGGAGUCUUGUCAGUGUCCCCUCCAGCAAACUCUUGGGGAACAAAAGCUCCCUCUUCCCCCAGGGUCUGGAGGAGGGCAAGCGGAGCAAGUCUCUCUUGCCAGACCACACCUCCAAUAACCCUUUCCUCCACUCCUAUGGGGAUGACCAACGCUUAGUCAUUGGGAGAUGCCCCUCAGACUCGUAUAAACACUCGUUGCCAUCCCAGACAAUGAAUGACAGCUAUCUUCGAUCCUCCUUGAGGUCAACGGCAUCGUACUGUUCCAGGGACAGUAGAGGCCACAACGAUGUGUAUAUUUCCGAGCAUGUUAUGCCUUAUGCUGCAAAUAAGAAUAAUACGUACUCUACCCCCAGGGUUUUGAAUUCCUGCAGCAAUAGACGUGUGUACAAGAAAAUGCCUAGUAUUGAAUCUGAUGUUUAAAACCUUCCAUUAAUGUUUUAUCAAUAGGGAAACAUACGUAAUGGCCAACAUUCUGGAGGGAAAAUGUUGGAUGUCCAAUAGUGCCCUGCAAAGAGGAAGAGGAUUUAGGAAGGUAUUUUUUUUGUUGUUGGUUCUUUUGCACAUGGCUCCAUGCCAUAGUCUUCCACUCAAGGAAUCUUGUGAGGUGUGUGCUGAGAAUGGCAGAUACCAGAUAGGUGAGUCCUUAACCAAAAAUAAUAAAUCAAAGGGCAAGUCUCCUGGACAUGCCCACUAGGUAUGUUGGCAAUAAUGAUGCCUUGGAUGCCAGAAGUGAUGUUGUGAUUUCCUAUAUUCCAAAUUCCAUUAAGCCAGUCCACCAUGCAAUUUUCACAUCAUAAACACCUAACGGUUUCUCUAAUACAGAAUAAGCAAUAUGGUAUGCAUGUAAAUCCGACACAGACCAAAUAAAACAGUUAAGAAUGCAUCUGCAUUGUAGCGAGAUUGACAUGUGCAAGAGAUUAGGAAGUUUGGCUUUGUAACCAUUUCAGCUUUUUUGUCAUGCCUUCCAUCACAGUCCAGGCCCAACCCCAGAACUCCAGGCUCCCCCAAAGAAUAGCAAAUCAGUGCGUUUCAUGCUAACUCUACUACUACCUUCAUUAGAGUCCAUUUCCAAGACACAUCUAGAGUAAAAGGCCGGAAGGGCCCUCAGGCAGAGAGCUGUAAGAAUCUCUUUGGAUGUCCAUUUGUGUGUUUCACAGACGCGCUCUCAUCCUUGGCUUCUGGUCUUGUUCAGGACUGCAUAAAUUAAGACAUUUAUGUCUUCGAUAUCUAAGUGUGGAUCUUCUGUCUAUGACACAGCGGCCCUUAUAGUUUAUCCUGAAGACUCCUGUGUACGUAAGUUUGCAUUUCUCCCCUUCUGGUGAUGACUCAGGGUUGUAUAGUAUCUGUUAUCCCUUUCCUUCCAGAGUAACCAUAGCUUGUUCAGUCCCCAAACAGCCAUGGUGGCUCCAAUCAACUGUGUGUUGCUGUUUCCAGGGUUGUUAAUGUGGUGGCAGGCACCAACAGCCAUAUGUGCGCUGUGAUCUGUAAGAAGUACAGUGCCAUCUGUCUGCAGAAGGCUGGUGUGGUUUUCGGUUUAUGUUUCUUACCGUCAUGGAAUUUAGUUGGACACUCAUUUCCACCCCAGCCUCCUCAAAUCAAAAGCCUUCAAAACAUGAGAGACACUCCUGCAUCUUCCCUGAGCAUCCUCCAAAUUGUGGGUAAACAUCAGUGGGACAAGCGAGUUCUCUCUUCUGAAAUAUUCACCCUGUUGGAGGCUAACUGUUUCAUUGGCACCAACAGAGACAGAUGAAAAAUUCCUCAAAGCAUUUGUCAUUUCUGAGUCCCCUCCAGUAUCUCAUUCUUAAUCUACUCAAACCUGUGCGUGUGUGAUAUGAAAUGAUACUCAUCUAGCAGGAUUGGGGGAGAAAGGGGAAUCUUUAUGCCUGGGAAGCUCUUAGCACCGUGCCUGGCACAUGCAAAGUGCCUACAUAAAUAAAUAAAGACAGUUGCUAUGUUAUGAUACUUUAUCAGACCAGAAUUUUAAUAUUUAAAUAUUAAAUAUUACUAAGACCACAAACAAGAGUAAAUAUUUUAUACAGUUUUAAUCUAAUAAUUAAUGUAUUUUAAAAUACAUUAAUAUCCCUGAAAUAUUUGGGAGAGCUAGCCAUCAGGUUUUUUUCAGAGUAACUCAGUCUGCUUUGGCGACAUGCUGCAGAAACCCUAAGCUAAUGUAGACUAGCUUCACAGUUGUUUCCUCCUGCAUUUUGCUUUGGGUUCUUGGAAAAGGGGACAGAAUGUCAGGUUGAAAAGUUAUCCUGUUUCUUUUCUUCAUGGUGUGUUCUGUUUUGUAGGUAGUGUUUUCCUGUGAAUGGGUAGGUGCCAGAAAUAAUUCUCCUGGAGCUUGAGAAUUCACUGAAUGGCUCCAUCUUUGGGGAAGUGUACCCGAUUUACAAUAUUCCCAGAAUGAUGAAAGCUGGUUGCAGUAAAUUUCAGUCAGUGGUAGAGAGGCUGAGGAAGGCAAUGGGUGAGAAGGUGUCCCAUCAACCUUGUGGUAGAAAGGAAGAAAGGGCUGACUAGACAUUGAUGACAAAUGCACUUGAACACUGUAUUUUAUUCAUGGAUGUUGCACCUUUGCUGCCCCUAGACCCAACAAUGGAGGAAUGUAUACUGAAGGACCUUGAAUAGUCACCCCAAUUUCUAAUCUCAGGUAUACCAUUGAUUGUCUUUUAGAACAUUCUGCCUUUGCCCUUCCAUUGCAUUCCAGACCUGUCUUCCCCAGCCAGGAUUUUCCCAUAAAUUUGUCACAUCUUUGCAUGACAUGAAUUAAAAAGUCUCCCCAGAAUACAGAAAAGUUGUAUGUCAUUAAUUCAAAGAGGCUUUGUCUUCGUCCAGUGUCCUCAAAACCCAUGGGGUUGCCACUGUGAUAGAGAUCUCUAGGGGAGUGCAAAUUACACGUGGAAGGAUUCCUUGGCCCCCAAAGUCUUCUAAUAACAGCAUUAUUUCUGCUAUUAAUCCCAUGCUUCUCUGGAUAAGAAACUAAAAGUGUGGCUUUUGGAAGAACCAACAGUACUGGAAAAAAUAUGUAGUAGUGCGCUGGAAAAAAUAUGCCUCCUUUUAUACCCAUAGUUUCUCUAAAAGACAAUCAGAAUUGGAUAGUAUAUAAUAAAUACCUAAUUUCCCUCCUCCACUAAUGCACUGACUCUUCAUUGGGAUGAUCCCAAACAUAAGAAAAUUGCCAUGGGUCAGAUGGUCAAUUUUUAAGUGACAGGCGAUGUUGUGGAGUUAUUCAGAGAUAAUCCACAUCCAGUCAGUUCUUUGGAAAAAGAAUAUCAGAAUAUGACACCCAACUGUAAAUGAUGCCUACAAUAUAGGAGGUGACAAGAAUGAAAUAGGAAGCCUUGAGCUUAGGCAUUCAUCCCCAAGGGUUCUGUCAUCUUAGAUUUGUUGAUGCCAAGGAGCCAGAAUCUCUGAAUCCAACUUUGUGCCCAAGUUUCACCUGACUGCAGUCAGAGCUGGCAUCGUAAUGAUGUUUCAUUAGCUCUACAUGAUUUUCUCCACUUGAGAGGACCCAACUGGUACACCUUUACGCAAAUGCUCAUGCUCCUGCCCACAUGCAACCAACUUAAAAUAUUCUGUGUUAGGAAGAGAGUCUUCUAAUCUAGGGCAUGAGUUCUGCUCUGGGAAACAUGUGCACAUCUGGAAAAGCGUGCUCCUUAUCCUCACACACUGGGGUUGUUAGGUCACUUCCGGUUGCAAUGCUCUGAGAAGGCAAGUUCCUGAUUGGUCUGUUUUUCUGCCAGUGGGGCUUCCAUGAGAGGUGUGAGAUGAUAAUCUCCCCACACAUUGCAUCACUCUUCCAUCCUAUGGAAAUCUCACUGCAGGAUUUUGGCCAGCACCAUGACCGAGUGUCUCAUGGUGCUGUUUCAGAGGGUGCCUGAGAAGGUUUUAUAUAUAGCUUUUCUGACAAAGGCAUUAAAAUUCACCCAUUGCAGCAAAAUUAGUCAAAUCAAUUCACGCUUCUUUUCAAGGGAGGGAAAAAAAGAAAAUUACACCUUGUUUACAAAUGAAAUAGCUUCACUUAAGUGGGACUCUAGCCAAGGCAGCUAAUUAGUAAAAAGAUCCACGGCCACCAUACAGUCGCACACUGUUUACUCUAUUUGACAUUUCUUACCGCUGAUGUGUAUUUAAUAUUCUGCAUCCUCCUCAGGAAAUGACAAAUGCCCUGAAUUCUUUGCAAAUAGAAUUGCUAAUGAAAAAGGAAAAAAAAGUUGGUGUUAAUUAAAUGGUGAUUAAAAAUUUAUCUUCUUUAAACCUAAAAAGUGCAGCUGUAAUAAUCAGUUGUCAUAUAAAUAAAUACCUCACACUGAAAUCCCUUGCAGUUUGAGACCUAAAUAAAUACUAAUGGGAGAAACCUAAAUACCUUUCAGAAGAGCUGAAUGUAUUUGUUAACUGGAUGCACAUCCCGUACUGUUUCUUUGUGCGUUGCUGUUGUGCAUGAGGCCUUGGAAGGGGGACAUGAGCUGUCUCUGCGAGAGAGCCUGUUUGUAUUACCCAUGGCUAUCGUAGACGUAAUUGGACUUCAAGGUAAAAACACAAAACAAAACUGAGUAGGUGGAAUCUAAACUCAUUGGUUGAUAUUUACUAUGUGCUAGGGGUUCUUGAUAGAGAUAAUUUCCAUUCCAAAAGCAGUGUUUAUUUUCACUUGAGACAAAAUGAGACAUUUUGGGAUACCCCCAUCUUCUUUUGGUGAACAGGGUUGAAAGUGCUUAAUGAGAGGUGAAGUGGGGCUUAUACUUGAAAAGGUCUCCCAAUAUGCAGUUGCCCUGUACCCAUUUUCUCCCUUUUCACUGUACUGUGUUCAUACCUACUUGUACCAGAUGAGGCCAGCUUGCCACUUGAUAGAGAUCAGAGAUGAUCAAAUGCACUUAUCUUGUGAAUACAAAUGCUUGUGUACACAUGUAUAUACUAUACAUGCUUGAUUUCUAUAAUUCACACGUAAGUGUAUUAUCCAAAUAAAAUUGUACAUACUGUAAAGUUUAUGUUAACAAUUAAAUGGUGGUGAUGGUAUUAACACAUGGAAAACCCAUUCUGGUUAUUGAUGGGAUGAUGUUUAUGUAGACAGGGCACUAUUUUUUUUUAAAAAAAAAUCUCAGUUCUAGGGAGGGUGGCAGAGCCAAGUGGGAUUUGGAUGCUGGUGUUCUUGACCCCUUCUUUAAAAAUGUAUCUGGAGUUAGGGGCAUGGAGUAUAUUCUGCUCACGUUUGCUUCUGAAGACAAUGCUGAUAAAGACAUGAAUGUGAUUUCUGUAAAGUCAUCAGAGGGCAUUUUUUUCUGUUCAAUUCCUUAUUCUCUUCCCCCACCUGAACUCUUUCUGUGGCCAGAAGUACUCUCAGAAGAGUUAUCAGCUAAAGGUGCCUGCCCAGAAGGGCCUUAGACAAACAUAACUGAAAGAAGUCACCAAGAUUUGAGGCAAGGGGAUGGGAGGUGAGAAAACUAAGAGGAAAUGAAGUUCCCAAGGAGACAGUAAUCUGUAGGAUUGUCAAGUUGACAGUUUCGGAGCCAUGGCCUAGUACCCAAGGCUUCAUGGCCCAGUUCCCAGCUUGGUCCUCUUGACCAGCUGACUCAUUUCUAGGUUUCUCUUGAGAGCUCUCCUGAGUACCUGUGGGAUAAGAGCCAGAGGACCUUAUAGAACUGACCCAUCUUUCUUUGCCUCUUGCCUUAUGCAGACCCAAACAUCCCUCUUUGAAUUUUAGUUUUCCUUCGAGCUCCCCAGCACUCCCUGCCUCAGAGUCCUGGAAAAGAGAAUAUCUUGUUUCAGGGACUUAUUCCCUGGGAAGAGUCAAUGAAGGAUAUAGUUUAAAACCUCAAACCAAAGAUGAGAGCUGGCAGUGAUCGCUGAGAUGAUAGAGUUCUUUCCUGUGAGCCAAGGAUGAGCAAAGGACACUGAUCACUGAUAGCACUUGACUGACACUGAUCAGCUGAUAGCACUUGACUGAGUGUCUAAUCUCUCUUUAAGGCCAAUUUGGGAUGGAGGAGCCACAAAGGAAAUAGAAAAUUGUCUUUUCUAAUAGUAGCUUAUGGUCUAGAAAUUCAGUUUCUUAAUACAAAAGAUAGCCAAGGACCCAUGAAAUGCAAACACAGAGUAGAUUUGAUAAAUCUACUAUUUAGAAACUAGAAAUGAUAAAUAAUUCUUGCCAGGAAAUCAAAAUGUAUCUGAUUCUAUGAUCAAACAAACAAUGAAGCCCUCCCCUAGAUCUGUAAGUAACUUUGGAGGAUACAGUUUUUUCUCCUGGGGAUGCCUUGAUUACUUUAAUCUUCAAAGAUGGAAACCUAAGGGUAUCUAACCAGGUGAAUAAACUUGCCCUUCCGCAUUUUGCACAGACAGGCUUAGAUCUGAUUCCACUCGACGCUCAAGCCCUUGCCAAAUCAUGCCUCCUUCUAGCUCUGCUUUCUGUCAUGUGCUUCAAGGAAAGGUUGAAAAAAAAAUCUCAAAGGAUUAAAAAAUAGAUCAUGAUGUAAAAAAGACUAUUUCCUGAAAGCUUUCUUCUCUGGUUUUGUUUUUGACUUGUGAAAAAUAUUUUUGAUAGUUCAGGGUAUAAAUGUAUCAGGGAAGGGAGUAGGGAGAAUUCCUUGUUGAGUCCCAAGUGCCUACUGUUUUGGCUGGUGAAGAGAACACACCAGGUGCCCUCGAGAGAAAAUGGGGCAAGGAAAUUUCAGGAAGAUGGUGGGCGGAUAUGGAGCUUAUUUUUUUUCUCUGUCCAUCCUAUUCUUGCAUUACUGGAAUGUUAGCUUCUUUGCUUAUCCCAAGUACAUGCCUUGAGUCAGAAGUUGAAUUUGAAAAUAUUAAAAUAUAUCCACGUUGAGUACAGACAAUAUUCCAGGCAUAUCCUAGGAUGUGAUUCUCAAAAUAACCUUAGGGUGAAGUCUGGUUGCUCCCAUUUGACAGAUAAGGAAACCAAGGCUCAGGGCAAUCUUGGCCUCAUCAGUAACAAAAGCUUGCUAAUAAAUCCCUAAUGUCUGGCAUAUUCUUGAAGUGCCUGAUCUCCUCCAGAGAGGUCAGAAUAGAAGUCAGAAAGAGAGAUAUGCUGUUCAGAGGUCCCCACAGCUCUCUCUUGAGUUUCAGCCUCUGUGGUGAGGAAGUUAGUCAGUGUCCACCCCCAUCACCUGGUUUGGGGGUGCAUUGAGAACUCCUGGGGAUCUCAGAUCUGUUCUCAGUCCCUUCUGAGACUUGAAUGCCAUUUGUGUCUCUCCCUUAUAUGCUUGUGCUUAGCAUUUGCUUUUCUGGUUCCUGGAGAGUUAUUUUCUCUACUUAGCAUGUGCCUAAUCUUAAAUAUCCCCUUCCUUUUUUUUUCUCAAUAGACAUCAGGGCUAAUUCCAUUAAACAUAUGCAAAUAGUAUUCUUUCAUGUGUGUGGACACACACACAUAUGCACGUGCACACGCACACAUGCUGCCUUGUGGCUCCAUUAAAGGUCUCAUAACUAAACAUUUUGACACAUUUUCCAAAAGGCCAUAUUAUUUAGAAAUGGACUGGCCCUUCUGUUUCCUCUAGAUGUUUGGUUAUUUUCACCAAGCAGACAGAAUAAGGUUUGAGGUGUGACAGAGAAUAGCAAAUAGAGUUUUGCAUAAAUGAUUAAGAGGUUGGUGGUCAGAAUGACUGAGGCCCAACUAGUAAGACUGUUUUUCCUUCUUGAUCUGUUAUUCCCCCCCAAAAAAAUCUUAGAGUUACUUUCCUAGUAACUGACAUCACGAUAACUAUUGAAUUAGUGAAUGCUUGUUCAGUUUGUCUCUUUACAGAGUGUUGACUUCGGAUAUUUUCACUAGGCAUUCUAGGAGUCCCGAAUGAUGUAGUGUUUAAUGUAUCAUGUAGGCAAUGACACUGAGCCCAUUCAUUCUUUUUUUGCACGCCCCUCCCAUGGUUUCAGCCACACUUGUCUCUCCUGGCACUUACAUUUACUGUGAGGGGCAGCAUACCAGGUCCAUUUUAUAGAUGAGAAAACUGAGCUGAGAUCUGAAGGAAUAUUUUUCUAGAAGGUUCUGUGAAUCAAUCUCUCAGGAUGGUCAGUUAACCUCACGUAAGCACCCUUGUCCUCAUCCCUGAGAAAUUCUCUAGCUGUUUCAAACUGGCAGUAAAAUGUCUCAGGACAGAAAGGUUAUAAUAUGAUUUAAUAGCUAUUUGGAGGUCCUGCAGUUUGGUCUACAGUGCAAGACCAUAUCCUCCUAGGGAAGUUGAGCUGUGUAGAAUCCAGAACGCUCAAAAGAACAAUUUGGCCAGUGAUAUAUCUUCACCGAGGCCGUAUUUCAAAGCACACAGCUCUCCAGGGAGCAGAGACCAAAUUGUUUAAAAUGGAAUCAUUUCUCAGAUUACAUUCCUCAAAUAAGAUGUCAGCAGUAUGCAGAAACAAGCAAGAGGUUAUCACUCAUAAAUCCCUCUUAUGCACCUUAUCCAUGAAACAAUGUCUUUGCAUUGUUGCAAUUCCAGAACAUUCCUCAUUAGCCAUAACCCUGAGUCAUAACCUCUUCCACUUAAUUCUCCCUCACACCUUUGGGAAGGAUUUAAGAUGAGCCUUCAAAAGGAUAUUAACAUAACAUGUAACCAAUACCACAGCUGCCUUUUAAAUUAAUAAGAUUAAUUGUUCUCUGGCAAACAAAAGUUUGUCUUUGGCAUUUUAAAUACUUCUCAUUGAUCUGACAUUUUGCUGUUCUAAGCUUGUAAAGGGCUCAAAUCAAAGACUAUUGAUAGCUGAACAAAUAGAGAAGGUCCAGAUUUGGUCAGUUUUUCCAUGGAAAAACAAUUUUAGCCUUUUGAAUUCAAUUAAGGUUUUUACAUUAGCCAUCUGAGGCAUUGAAUUGUUUCUAUUCUCAGUUAACCUGAUUCAAAUAAAUGAACAGUAUUGACUUUUAGCCCUGUUUUAUUUUUUAAAAUCGUAAGUGUAUUGGGUUUCUCUGAGGCCAUGACCAUGAAGGAAAUGUUUAGAAAUGAAAGCUUCAGACAACUAUUUGGGGUCAAAUUCUGAUGCAUUUGGGGAAGAUGAACAUGGCACUUGUAACGUUCUUAUUUCCCAAAUUCUUGGCAAAGAAUGUCAGUUGCCUCUUUUUUUUUUUCAAAUAAGAGAUAAGAUGAAGAAUAAGAUUUUCAUAGAAAAUUUAAUAAACUCCUCGAUAUAACUAAUUACAUGGCCAGAUGUGGCUCAGACACCUACCAAGCCCGAGAGUCCCCAAAGAUUUAUCAGUUAUUUUUAGCUAUGAAUCUUAAUCUUGUUUAUCCCCCUGCUAAAACAAAGUGGAAAGCAUUUAUUUGCCAAAUUAUUUAGUCAGGACAAUUCAAUGUUGUUUAUCAUGAAAGAAUGUUUGUGCGUUUGUGUUUACGUGUUUAAUAUAUAUUUCAAGCUGAAUAUUCAGAAAGAAUUUGGCGAGUUAAUUUGGUGGCUUGAAUGAGAAGUAGGUCACUAAAAUAACAAAUAAUGUCCUUUUACACAGAAGCAGAGGGUAAACUAUUCAUCGUUCACUCAUGUUAGAAGACUUACUCUUUAAGACAGAAGCUGGUCAUUACACACAAGCGAGAAAUUGAAUGGUGCACCUUUGAAGGUCCAUAUCUGAGUCUAUUUUAACCCAACAUGCAUGGGAUUGAGCUCCUUAGAGAGGGUUUCCAUUCACAGCCACAUUCAAACACAGUCCAAACCCCACAUCAGAACUGGCUCGAUCUCUUGUAUGGCUGAGCCCAAAGCUGUGUGCUCUACUCAGUGGUUUCCAUUUGGGAAUAGAUGUUCACGUACCAAUCACAGCAGCUUCUACCUGUCAUAUUUUAAUCCACUGCAUGAGGAAGUGCUACUAACUGUAUUAAAUAUUUCCAAGCAUAGCUACUAAAUUACACGUUUGCUUAACACCUUUCUACGAUAGAGGAAGUAUAUACGUACUAUGGUUGUCUUCUUGUAGUUACGUCUUUUAUUUUUGUUCAACGUGUUAUCAACCUGUUUUAAGGAAUGGGGUUUGAAAUGUGUGUGCAAACUGAUCUGUAAAUAACUCCCAAGGCAAUGAAAGUGCCCGGUCCUAUGGUGUAAAAAUGUAAAUACAGGAAAAUUUCAUUUUUCUAAUAAAGAUAAUUUCUGCCGAUUGAUAUGAAAAUGAGAAA